AGAGAGAGAGAGAGAGAGAGAGAGAUGCUGAUGCCUUCUCACUGGGAGGAUGCUAUCGAUCAGGCUCGCAGCAGAUGUUUUCUCCUGCAGCUGGAUCAACAUGCUGACGCGCGCCAUCGCACCUUUUCUUCUCCUCAUAGGCUGACCGGAUGAGGUAAAAGCGAGCACGGGACACUGCAUGGGAACACAUCGAUGCAGAACUCGUCCUCAGCCGCGCUGUUCGGGAUGGUGAGCCACUGUCAGACCCCAGCUUUCCCAGACUUCACCAGCUUGUCGCUCUCCGUGUACGGCAGCAAGGCGGAGAUCUGUGCGCGGAGACCCGGGAGCGCCGGUUUUGGAUCGCAGACGUGCCGGAGCGCACACGAUGACGCGCCGGCACACAUGCGCUGCGUCAGCCCUAAGGAGAAGGCGCAUUUGUCUGCCAAGGCUCCACGCUCGUGUUUUUCUCUCCCACCCGUGCACGCCAGUGGUGCUUACUGUUCAGAGAAGGAUGCUAACGGUGAUGAUGAGGACACCCUGAUGCGAUGUGGGCAGAGCCUGGCACUGCCAGUUGGGGGUCCGUCAGAGGAGCUUUACCCCAGCCUCAACCUCAGCCUCCACUGUGACAGACCUACGGCCGACCUCCUCCUGCAGGACAGCCCUCACCAAGACACCAGAUCCUCUUCUGCCUUUCAUAGCGCCCUGUCGGGGGCCUCGCCCGGCCUCAGCUGCAGCAAUAGCAUCGACCCUCGAUCAACUGUCCCAUACUCAAUAAAACAGGAGAACUCCAUGGGUUACAAGAUCUCAAGCACAGGACCCGGGAUCCAUGGCACAUCUCAAACCAGGUAUCAGAGCUGCAGUGCAGGAAUAGCUGUCGGGUUGCAGAGGGAGGAGUUAGAUGAAGCCACACACGUUAGUACCGGUGGCGUUGACGUAUGCACAGUGAGCGGUGUAAGCAGCACGAUGUCAGGGGAUGCAACACAACCAUUUAAUAAUGAAGAUGGCUCCUCCCCUUUGGCUUUGUCCCCUACUGGCUCCCAUCAUUCAACGCGGCAGCUCGGUGCUAGCAGUCUGAAGAGACGCUGUCUGUUUGUGGGCUCGCAGUCCACCACCACUGCUGGCACUGGCAACAUUGCUGUCACAGGGUCCCCAUCGGCAGCCUGCGCUGCUUCCGAAAGGCUCGAUAUCAGUGCCAUCAUCUGCUCCUCCUCCCAGAUGCCGACGGUUGCCCGUAUCGACAGGUUCCGUGCUAAUUUAUCACCCAACCACACCAGCAACGCCGGCUACUCCUCCUCUUCCUCCACCUCUUCUACAUCCCCACCCUCUGCAUCGACCUCCUGUUCAAGAGAAGUCCCUCACAAGCCCCCACCUCACGGAAGCCCCCUGCAGGCAGCACUACAGGAGAGCUGUCAGCUGUUAUCACCUGCCACCUGCCUGCUGUCCCUUUCCUCUUCUUCCUCCUCGUCAUCCUCAUCGGUGUCAUCAGUGGAGCCGGAGCAGGGUCAGGGGCUGUGUGAGGAACAGGGCUCCAUGCAGCAGGGGCCUGUGGCUGGAGGAACAGCUGAGGGAGGUGUGGGAGGAGGAGGAGGCUCAGAAGGGUUGGGGUUGCUGAUGAGUGGGGUCCUGAUGUCUGGAGGACUGCAUUCAGGGCCUGAAGGUGGAACUCUCUUGGAAGGCAGCCAGAGACCAGGGGCAGCCCUGAAGCAGGAGCCUCUGGAUGACUUCUCUCCCAGUGAAGACGAGCUCUUUCAACACCACUAUCACCACCACCAUCACAUGAGUGGUUGCAAUGGACAACUUCGUCACCCUCUCCACCCCCCUCGACCUGCAAUGCCGCCACCCUACCACCUGCACCAAUAUGUGGGGCCUAACCCUGGUGGGUUGCUGCAGAGCCAGCCAACAGCACCAAACUCUUCCCUGGUACUCAAACCCUCCUCUGGCGGGCCUCCGCGCUCUCACACAGCCUCAGAGCGAGAAGAGGUUGCAGGAGCAGGCCUGGCUGAUAAGCAGAUAUGCCGCUGGAUUGACUGUAGUGCUGCAUAUGAGCAGCAGGAGGAGCUUGUAAGGCACAUUGAGAAAGUCCACAUUGAUCAGCGUAAAGGUGAGGACUUCACCUGUUUCUGGGCUGGCUGCAUUCGCCGCUACAAACCUUUCAACGCCCGCUACAAGCUGCUCAUUCACAUGAGAGUCCACUCUGGAGAGAAACCCAACAAGUGCAUGUUUGAGGGCUGCAACAAAGCAUUUUCACGUCUGGAGAACCUGAAGAUCCACCUGAGGAGCCACACAGGAGAGAAGCCGUACCUGUGCCAGCACCCUGGCUGCCAGAAAGCUUUCAGCAACUCCAGCGACCGUGCCAAGCACCAGCGCACUCACCUGGACACGAAACCGUACGCCUGUCAGAUCCCUGGCUGCACCAAGCGCUACACGGACCCCAGCUCUCUGCGCAAACACGUCAAGAUCCACUCGGCCAAAGAACAACAGGUGCGUAGAAAGCUGCGUCCCUGCCCUCAUCUGGACCAGGAUGUCCUGACUGACUGUUUGAGCAUUCAGCAUCUCCAGAGCUCCGCCCCCUCUCAGCACCUCUACAAUGGCAAAGAUGACCGUUCUCCUGGACUGAGCCAAGACAUUUUCACAGGCCUGUACGCUCGCUCCUCCACCCCCCAUCACAGCGCCUCAAUGGAACUGCUCCCCCCCAACCCCACGUCCUCCUCCGACCUGCCCUCCCAACAGCACAGAAUGGACCGGGACUUAGGCAGCCCCCAUCACGUGUCUCCGCUGGCAGUGAUGGACGGCACGAGAGACGGGGUUUCGGGUCCUCUCCUGUCUCCGGGAAUGAAAGGAACAGGAACGCCGCCUCCUUCACUGGAGAAACAGCAGCAUGUCCACCCCCACCACAAGCCCUACUCUCAUUAUCACCACCAUCCCUCUGCCAAUGAUGAAUACCAAGGAAGCUUUCAGAGCUGCUUCCAUUUUGGAGACGCCUACAGAAUGGAGCAGACAGUCAGCGGUGCCCAUGUCCCAGGAGAGUCCAACAGCUACACUUCAAACCAGCACAAUGGCUUCCACAUGUCUACUAACAACACUGGCUCUGCAGGCUUCAGUGUGACCCAUGAGAUGCAAGUAGGCGGAGCAGGGUGCCAGUUCUCCUCCAGCCCAGAGGACAGUAUCUUCUUCCAGGUGGGGAGCUUCGACCGCAACCUGAGCCACAUCUCCUCCAUCUACACAGAGACAUAGAGCAGCGACACUGGAGCAAAGAACAUUUCACAACUCCUUCCGCACCGGGAUCACCUCCAGUUCCUCAUUACAUAUAGUAUCUGACCUAUUUAGCAGGAG